AUAANAAUAAAUGGGAAGGUUCUUUCAACCAACACUGUCCAGGUGAAACAACGGCUCAUUCAGGUUUUGGGGGAGUUUGAAUUAAAAAACGAAACGUUUGAAAAACCACUAGGGUUGGCUGUAAACAGUAAAGGGCAAAUUGCUGUUGUUGACAACGAAAAACACUGUGUUCUCAUAACUGACAUGGAAGGAAACUGUCUAAGAAAACUUAGUUACUAUGGAAACAAGGAAGGACAGCUAAAAAGUCCAAGCGACGUUACCUACCUAAAUGAUGAUAACAUUCUUGUGGCGGAUGAAUUAAAUCGUCGCAUUCAACAAUUUAAUGUUCAAACUGGAGACUUUGUGAAGAGCUUUGGGAAGAGAGGGACAAGAGACGGAGAGUUUCAGAAUCCUGUCAGUGUUUGUGUGGAUGAUGAAGGACGCGUUAUCGUGGUCGACACCCGUAACCAUAGGGUCCAAGUUUUAUCACAGGAUGGUGAACCUCUGUUUAAAUUUGGAGACAGUGGACCAGAAAAACUUGGCCCCUUUGGAUGUAUUUACCAUGAGAACAAGUUCAUUGUUUCUGACUGGGAUGAUAAUUCUGUGCAAUUUUAUGAUAGUACUGGAAAGUUUUUGUAUAAGACAAGAGAACCACGUCAGGGUGAUGAACGGUUGUACUUGAAGGGUCCAAGGGGACUUUGUCUCCAGAAAUGUGGUAAUCACCAUAAUCUUCUUGUAUGUGACAGAGACAAUGGUCGUGUUGAUCAGUUUACAUUGGAGGGUUGUUUUACUGGGAAAACUGAUUAUAAGUUUAAAGGUCUCUCAAGAAUAACUACAACACCGGAUGGCCUUAUUUUAGUUUCGGACUUCAAGGCCGAUAAAAUAUAUAUUCUAAAAUAG